GCCGUAUUCCAUUUUCGCUUCAAGCCGGAAUCAGGCGCCAGAGGCUCUGCUGCGGGCUCCCGCUCCGCCGUCUUGGCGUUGUUGCCUCAAAAGUCACUACAAACACACGAGUCACGCGACCAUCUUCUAGCACUCGACAGUCUAGCCGCCAUCGUUCAGACGUACGCUAGACAAAGCUGCCUACACCCUCGAGACACUCGGCUUGUACUAAAGCUCUGGAUGCUGUCGUCCAGGGUUAUUUAACAAAACCAAGCCCGAGGUCGAGGUUUGGGGCAAAUGAAAUUCACAUUACCGACCCGUUUCUUGCAGCUGAAACGGACCAUAUCAUGACGACGCCGAGCCGAGAACGGACGGCGCGGAAGCUGCUCCAGCAACCAUCGCACCACCCACCGGUUGGAUCAAGCGCUGCCAAGCGCCUCAUGUACGAGAAGCAACGCGAAGACGGAUGGAACAACCACUUCCUCGAGCCUCUCGUCCACGACAAGCCACGGGUUGAGCCUCGGCCACCACCACCAAAGCCACCGAAUUCCCGACAAUUCUCCGAGUACCCGUCGUCGCGCAAGCAGCGCAAGACGCAUUUGCCCCGCAAGACGCCACCUAACGUUCGCUUGCAACCGCUGACGCCAAGUCCGCUCAUGGCAAGCCCCCGUGCCCCCGUGGCAAAGUCACCCGAGAAGAGCGAUACGCUUCGGCUCAAAGCCAUCACCGCGAUCGAGUACCGCGAGAAUAUCAUCAAGCAGCUGCACACGAUCCUCGCCGACGUACCCACGUCGCCGUCGCGCCACCGCGGCGCCAAAACGAUCACGACGACGCAGCGAGACGCAGUUGCUAGCGUGCUCCGCGAGAUGGUCCUGGAGCUUCAAAUGGCCGGCAUCCGCGUCGUCGAGGCCAUCGUCGCGUGGGUGCUGCUCGUGGGUAAAUCGGCGCCGUUGCCCCCAGUCUUUCUCUGGCACGACGCCAACUACUUUGUGACGAUGCACAGCGACAUGGACUUCCUCGGCGACGCCCUCAACGAGCGCGGCCUCAGCUGCGUCGUCGGCGCCAAGAGCACUCGGCAGAACCCGCUGCUCAUCGAGCCCAAUCAGCGACUCGGUCGAGUCUACGCCGCCCAGUCGAUCAUCACCGAGAUGGUCGAGAUGAGCCUCGUCUCGGCGCGCACCAACGCUUCGCCGGACGACGAGAGUGCGCUCACGUUGCUGACAAAGGACGAGCCCGUCGCGUGUAGUGAGGUGGCGAUGGACGCGUCCACGGCAGACGUCGAGAUCGAGCCCAUCGAUGAACCCACGGGCGAGCAACCCACGGACGAGCCGCACGACGAAGCCGCGUCUGACACAGAAGAAGAGGCCGAGGAAGCGCACGUCUUUGCUAGCCAGGAUCCCGUGCAUCUUGAGAAUGAAAGCAGCGGCUUGCCGUGCUCAGAGGAAGACGUUGGGAGCCAUCCGAGCUUGGAAGCUCAAACCAAGGACGACGAGCCCCACGACGCCAACGACGACGAGAACUAUGCAGACGACGAUUUCGACGCGCACGACAACCAAGAAAAACCAACUGUGGAUGACGCGCCAGUGGAUGCGGCGACAGACGAGCCCCCGCCCGAGUCGAGCAAUGACUUUCGAAUACCGGCCUGGCAGAACGCAUGGCUUGCCGUCGGAAUUUCGUCGAGCAUCGUCGAGAUGGCGGCAGCUACGUGCACCGGAGCGCCCUCUCAACCGUUCUGGGUCGAAGCAACCGAUGUCUUUCCGGAACUGGCGUCGACGAUGCUGACGGCGACGCCUCCUGGCGACCAACAUAUCCUCUUUGGUGCACUUUUGGCAUCCGUCGACGCGGCCGCGAUGCCAGUCGUCAACUGUCUCGAAGCCAAAUUGUCGGAAACGGUGGAUCCUGACAAUUACGAGGACACUCUGGAGGCGCUGCGUGACGCUAUGGACAGUGCGUGGGCUCCACCAUCGGAGACCCAGAGUGCGCUCGACCUUCUAACAGCUCUUUUUGACGCCAAAGCUGCCCUGCCUCCGUCAUCGAUGGUGUCCAAGCUCGCGCACCUCGUGUUCCCAUACUUGAUGGCCGCGCCACGCGCCGAGUUGUCGGAUUUGUGCCGAGCAACGCUCGAGGCCACGGCGCCAAUUGCGACGCGUCCGUUUCUCUGGGACGCGACGGCUAAAGUCGUGCUUCUCAUGGCGUCCGUUCAGCCGCCAACGCGGGAGCUCUCGAACCUCAAGUUCGUUGUCGACCGCCGUGCGAUGCUCGCCUCGACAACCACCGCGUUGCAAGAUCACGACGGCUCGUGGCAAGCCCUUUUCCCCUUCUUUGCAAGCGAGAGCGGCGAGAAGUUCGUGAAUCUCCAGCGCGUCGAGGCCGGCGAGGGCCGUGGUCCACUGAAAGAGUGGUUUGCCCUUGUCUCGGAAGCCUGGGCAGCGCCGUUUGUCGCUGUUUUCAGCGGCGACGAGGGAUCUAUCUCGGUCGACGGCCGGCGUCUCACAGCGCCGCCAUCCUACUUGGUGUCGCGCGGCGUUCGACCUGGGUGGCGCCUAUGCCUCCAGGCGCAGUCCACAUUUGAUAUCGUGAGUGUGACCCAAGAUCAAGCAACCAUCGAUCCACCGUGGCCUCGUGACGAGGUAUCUUUAACGCAUACGGAUGUCGCAUGGCUGGCCCCGACGGUACCGCUCUUCAAGUACGUUCUGGCAUCGGAGAGCUACUGGUUCAAUGAGCACGCUGUCCCGAGCCCCGACCACAACACUGCGCUCGCCCUCGUCGGCUGGGUUCUCGCCAUGGCGCUUCUGCACCAAAGCACAAUCUCGCUACGCCUGCACACGGCCGUCUUUUGCUGUCUGCUCUACGAGACACCACCCGACCGCCACCUCUUUGAAGCCGUGGACCCCGCACUUGCGGACGCUUGGCGUGCGCUACACUCGCUGCCCAACUUUGCCGCCGUCCUCGAGAUGGACGGGCUUGUCCCCGAUACAAAUGUCGACGCUUACAUUGAGAUUCUUGUGCAAGAGAAGGCGGUCGCGAUCGAGUGGCAGCUCAAUGAGCUCCGUCGAGGCUUCUACCACGCCAUGCCAAAGGCGUUUGCAUCUUGCGCGUUCACCGGCGCUCAGCUGCAGCACGCGGUGUGCGGUCCACCCCCGAGCGAGACAUUUAUGGUCCGCGACAUCUUCAAGGUCGUUACGGACGACGCGAUUCCCCAAGCCAUGCGAACGGCGUUUUGGUGCGUCGUCGAUGGCUUGGCGGCCGCGGAGAAGCGCGCAUUCGUCAAGUUUGUCACGGGCGUCGAGGCAUUGCCGCCACCGCAGACUGAGCUGCUUCGACUCGAAAUGCCGUGGCCCGUGGCGACGGCGCAAGAGAAGGAUCAAGUCGUGAAGCGGCUUCCCCAAGCCCACACGUGCGAGAAUACGCUUGAGCUUCCCAACUACCUCGCUGGCCUCGACGGCGUACCAGAAACCGAGCUCCCAGACACAUUGGCGACGCUGCUGCGAGACAAGCUUCUCUACGCCAUCCAGCACGGUUGCGGCUUUGAUCUGGACGUGGCGGGGUCUAUAGCUCCUGCAACCACACUGGAGGACCAAGGCGCCGACGAGUCCAGUGACUCGAUGGAGCUGCCGACGCUCGCGGUCGACGAGAGUGCAACCGACAUACCUCUGCUACAAUCGGACGCACAACCCUCCUCGGAAGAACAACCGACCAGCACUCGCAACGACACAGCGGACGUCGCCCUUCAGCCCGAGCACGCGAGGGCUAGCGACGAGCACGACGACGAGUACAGCUUUGAGGACUUCGACGAUGACGCCGUGUAAAUAGACAAGGGCGUUGUUAUCGCUGAGAGUUUUGGCGCUUGGA